UCCGAUAAAUUUUUAUGUUUGUGCACUCCACAAUUGAAUUUUAUUGUCCAACCGAGUUGGGAGAAAAGAAGCGACGGAAGGAGGUUGAGGAAUCAGUAGACGUCCUUCUAUUUGGUAUUCACAGUCCCCGCGCUUCGCAAAAUUGUUGAAUAAAAGCAAAAAAAUAAUUGUGUUCAAAACCCUAAGAGUACUGGGGAAAACCUACAUAGUGUUCUUUGGCUUCUGAGGAAUUAUAUGUGAUAGCGCAUACAUGGCCGGAGCUUCCCGAGAGCAAGCGCUCUCUCUUCUCGGUGCCGCGAAGAACCACGGUGAUUUGGCAGUAAAACUCUCAUCUUUGAAACAGGCGAAAGAGAUUUUGUUAUUCGGCGAACCGUCAUUUGCAGCAGAAUUCUUCCCAUACCUCGUUGAGCUUCAGACAUCGCCCGAAAGCUUGGUUAGAAAAUGCCUCCUCGAGCUGAUCGAAGAGCUUGGUUUGAAGGUGAUGGAGCGUUCAUCUGUAAUGAUGCCAAUGCUAUUGUCACUUUUAAAAGAUGAUGCAUCUUCUGUUGCAAGACAAUCUAUUAUUAGUGGUACAAAUUUCUUUUGCAGCAUCCUGGAAGAGAUGACACUACAGUUUCAGCAAACUGGUAAAGUUGAGAGGUGGCUUGAAGAACUUUGGAUGUGGAUGACUAAGUUUAAGGAUGCUGUUUUUGGCAUUGCCUUGGAGCCUAGUUCUAUUGGGACGAGGUUGCUGGCAUUGAAAUUUGUGGAAACAUACAUUUUUCUUUUUACACCUGAUGGCAAUGAUUCCGAAACAUCUUUCAAAGAAGGAAGGGGGCGGAAUUUUAAUAUUUCACGGGUAGCAGGAGGGCACCCAAUUCUGGAUCCAGCAUUGUUUAUAUUAGAAGCAAACAGAGCUCUAGGUCUUCUACUGGAAUUGUUGCAAUCGGCUAACACUCUUCGUGGUUCUUUGAUAAUUACUCUUAUUAACUGUCUUGCAGCCAUUGCAAGGAAGAGGCCCAUUCACUAUAGUAGUAUAUUUUCUGCACUGCUGGGUUUUGAUCCAAAUUUUGAGACAAUAAAGGGUGGUCAUGGUGCCAGUAUUCAAUAUUCUAUAAGGACUGCCUUUUUGGGGUUCUUGAGGUGUGCUCAUCCAACCGUUAUGGAGUCACGGGAUAAAUUACUCAAGGCUUUGCGAACAAUGAAUGCUGGGGAUGCAGCUGAUCAAGUUAUUCGGCAAGUUGGUAAGAUUAUAAAGAAUUUGGAGCGUUCACGUGAUGCUCGAUCCAUCAAGGAGGAUCAACCAUCAUCCCAAAAUCCUGUUUCUGUGGAUUUGGCAAAGAAAAGGUCUCUACUUCAGGAUAAUGAAGGCUCAACUGAUGAAGUGUCUGCUAAGCGAACUCGCUAUGGCCCUUUGGGCAACUCAGGUUUGUCUGUUCAGGUGCCAGGUGAUUCUAUGCAGGAUGAUGUUGGUGUAAACGGAUUUGCUCCUAAGGUGCCUUUGCUGGACAAUGAUCUGACGCCUGUUGAACAAAUGAUUGCCAUGAUUGGUGCUUUAUUGGCUGAAGGUGAAAGAGGUGCUGAAUCUCUUGAAAUUCUCAUCUCGAAAAUCCAUCCUGACCUGUUGGCUGAUAUAGUCAUAGCUAAUAUGAAACACUUACCAAAGAAUACCCCACCCUUAGCAAGCAGAUUUGGGAACCCACCUGUAGCUUCACAGGCAAGUUCUUCAAGCACUGCAUCUCAAGUGGCCCCAACUGCUCCAGUAAUGUCUUUGCAGUCUCCAGUGGUAACUACCCAAGUUGCUUCUUCAACAAUGGGAAUCAGCAUGUCAUCAUCUGACUUGUCUGCAGUCUCCAAUCUUCCUGCAGAUUUUAAACGUGAUCCUCGGAGGGAUCCUCGUCGGCUUGACCCACGGCGUGUGGCUGGACCUGCUGGUGCACAAUCAGUGCCCAUGAAAGAAGAUAUUGGUGAUUUUCAAUCUGGAUUUGAUGGUUCUACUUCUUUGAGUGGACCUCUUUCUAUUCCGGCAGCGAGCAAGGUUGAAAGUCUUUCAGUACCUUCAACAUCCAAAAGUGAUAUUAACUCCCCAGAAAGUUCAGUGGUUCCCACAACUGAGCAGCUAAACCCUAAGGAAAGUUUGGAGGCUCUGGAUGAAACUAAGGAAAUUGAACCAGUUCAAGAGGUCAAUACUACUUCGGGCAAUGCUCUAUCCCCUGCUCGUACUGUUGUUGACGACCUGGUGGCAUCGUCAUCGUCGUCGUCGUCAUCAUCAUCAUCAUCAGAAAUUACAGUGACAGAGGGAGUUGAUGCAUCUUCUUCUCUGGAUUCUGAUCAGCAAUCUCCAGCUAUCCCUAGCACAUCUGCCACUGAUGAUUCUCAGGACUUACCACCACUUCCAUCUUUUAUUGAUUUGGCAGAAGAACAGCAGAAAAGAGUUUGUAAAUCAGCAAUUGAACAUAUUAUUGAGUCAUACAAGCAAAUGCAGGCAAUUGGCUGUAACAAGACACGCAUGACAUUACUUGCCCACUUGGUUGCUCAGACUGAUGCCAAUGUUGAUAUUGUGGGGAUGUUGCAGAAACAUAUUAUUUUGGAUUACCAACACCAGAAGGGGCACGAGCUUGCAAUGCAUGUCCUGUAUCAUUUGCAUGCUCUCAUGAUCUCUGACUCAGAUGAAAACAUAUCAAAUGCUGCCAAUAUAUAUGAAAAGUUUCUCCUUGCCAUGGCAAAGUCUUUGAGGGAUACACUACCAGCUUCAGAUAAGUCUUUUAGCAGAUUCCUUGGUGAAGUUCCUCUUUUGCCUGAUUCUGCUCUGAAACUACUAGAGGAUCUUUGCUAUUCUGAUGAUUCUGGUCACCAUGGGAAGGAAAUGCGUGAUGGUGAUCGUGUCACCCAGGGCCUUGGUGCUGUAUGGAGCUUGAUUUUGGGGCGUCCUGUCAAUAGGCAUGCCUGUUUGGAUAUAGCUUUGAAGUGUGCUGUGCAUUCUCGAGAUGAAAUUCGGGCAAAGGCUAUCCGGCUGGUGGCAAACAAGCUUUAUCUUCUUACAUAUGUAUCUGAAAGCAUUGAGCAGUUUGCAACAAGCAUGCUAUUGUCAGUCGUUGAUCAGCACAUUCCAGAUGUAGAUCCUUCACUAGCAUGGUCCACUGAACAGAGAACAGAAGGGAAUGUUGCAAGCCAGGAAACAUCUAUCAGUGGUUCUCAGAAUUCAGAACCUGGAGCUUCUGAAAGUGACUCUACAAAGGGCAUACAACCAGUUCAGAGAGUUGCAGCUGUGUCAUUGUCUCAAGCUCAGCGCCACAUGUCCCUCUAUUUUGCAUUAUGCACCAAGAAACCAAGUCUUCUUCAACUUGUUUUUGAUACUUACGGUCGAGCUCCAAAGGCUGUUAAGCAGGCUGUCCAUAGGCAUAUCCCUAUCUUAGUGAGGACCCUAGGAUCAUCCUAUACUGAGUUGCUGCAUAUAAUCUCUGAUCCACCACAAGGAAGCGAAAAUCUUCUGAUGCUGGUGUUGCAAAUACUGACCGAAGAGACAACACCUUCUGCUGAUCUGAUUGCUACUGUCAAGCAUUUAUAUGAAAUUAAACUAAAGGAUGCUGCGGUUCUCAUUCCUCUGCUUUCUUCACUUUCAAAAGAAGAGGUUCUGCCUAUUUUUCACCGGCUUGUUGAUCUUCCAUUAGAAAAAUUUCAGGCAGCCCUUGCUCGCAUAUUGCAGGGUUCAGCUCAUACAGGUCCAGCAUUAACACCUGCCGAAGUUUUGGUUGCUAUCCAUGAUAUUAGUCCUGAAAAAGAUGGAAUUGCUCUUAAAAAGAUAACGGAUGCUUGUUCAGCUUGCUUUGAACAACGCACAGUUUUUACACAGCAGGUUCUAGCAAAGGCCUUGAAUCAGUUGGUUGAACAAACUCCUCUACCUCUAUUGUUCAUGAGAACAGUAAUUCAAUCCAUUGAUGCAUUUCCUACUCUGGUUGAUUUUGUCAUGGAGAUACUCUCCAAACUUGUGAGUAAGCAGAUAUGGAAGAUGCCAAAAUUGUGGGUAGGGUUCUUGAAAUGUGCAUAUCAGACACAGCCACAUUCUUUUCAUGUGCUAUUACAGUUACCUCCUCCACAGCUUGAGAGUGCUCUUAACAAGCAUUGUAAUCUCAGAGGUCCCCUUGCUGCUUAUGCCAAUCAGCCAACUGUAAGGGCUUCACUGCCAAGAUCGAUGUUGGCGGUUCUGGGUCUUGCAAAUGAAUCACAUGCACAACGAUCAUAUCAUGCACCUUCUCUACACACUUCAGAUGCAGGUUCUUCGGUUCAUGGUGCAACACUAACGUGACACCUAUAGCCAUUGAGCUCUAGAACUUGACUAGCAGCGCUUCAAUCAUCAUGGAGGGUGAGAAAAUGUUUAUUGGCCCCAUCCCAUGGUUGCUAUUGUUGAAAAGGAACAACAGUGGACGGCCCUGAUAAACCUUGUCACGUGAGAUUAUGAACAGGUGAUGGGCGGAUUUUAACUGGUUAAUAGCAUGGAAUCAGCGGGAAGGAAUCAUUUUAUAGAGGGAGGAGAAAUGUUGAAGAAAAGGAUCCCUUCUUUGCAAGCCCGUAGGAGAAUGUAUCAUAGUUGUAUCUUAUUUUCAUUUUAUUAGCUUAUCCUUUUUUCCAUCAUAGUUUGAUGAUUUAUGUUCUUUCCCGUCCCAAUCUAGGGCUUGUUCAAUAAUAUCUUUUGUUGAGUCUGUAAUUUGUAGUUAAGUUUUGAUCAGUCACGAGCGUCUUCCGUUUUAAAUCUCUGUAUUGUUGAUUCUUGAAUGUAAUGGCUAUUUGCUUUACCUCAGAUUUACAUUUUCAACUAAUAUGUUCAUACAGAUAGGUCUCAACUCUCAAGGGAGUUGAUCUAGUGUUUAUGUGGGCUACGCCUAAUAUAACCUUUUGAAAGUACAAUGCUAAAGAAUUAUAUCAGGAGCCAGCAUUUAUGUUGAC